AUGACGAAGCCUAACAUGCUCGAGCUCCCGGCAGGGGCCCAUCUAAUCUAUCUUGCCGAAGGAGGAGCCAAUGUCAUCUACCGAAUACUCGUCUCCAGCGGAAAUUCCACGGGUCAGAAUCACAAAGAUAUGCCGGUGACUGUAUCCUCCGGUCCAGCGUCUGAUGCGACGGAUGGCUAUAGUAUACCCGUCGGUCUCAAAGGGAAGCUGCUUCGUCUUCGAAAAGAGACAAGCUCAGGAAUACCUUAUCAAGAGAUAGCACGCAACUUUGAUCGAUGCAUUCGGCCUCUUUUCAAGCCAGAAGAGCUCGUCGAUCAGGAGCUAGUUUGCCUGCCUAGAGGGUUGAUCCAGCUGUGCAACGAACAACUUCUAGCGGCAGAGCGAAGUGGGCAGCGCCCGAAAAGGCGACAAGGCGUAUAUCUCUCUGCAGCCGAACCAUUCGGCCUUCUCAUUACCGACAUGACCACAUUCGGCAGUCCUGGGACCACGCUAUCAGAGCUAAAGCCCAAAUGGCUCGUCCAGUCCCCGUCAGCCCCAGCCAGCUCUCGCCGGUGUCGGACCUGCGCACUCCGCGAUAUGAAGAAUCACAAGGCGCGCAAGAUUGGCAAUGCAGAAGAGACGUCGUUCUGUCCGCUUGAUCUGGUCACUGACAGGUUCGAGAACGUGCUUCGGGCGACCAAAUUCAUCAAAGGAUGCAAGGACCCGGCCCGGCUGGCAAAAGUGCUGUAUCGGAACAGUACCAUGCAGAGACUUCUAACACAUCAGAAGAGUAUGCGUGAUGUAGGGCUCCAUGGUCCUUCCGCCACCUCCAUCGAAAAGUCUCUUGGUAUGACUCUGCGUGAUUGUACAAUGUUCAUCAGGAUACCUAAAGAUGAAACCGGUCGUAUCGAGGUACGCCUUGGCGAUCUAGAUCUCAAGACAGGUGCCGGAGGAAAGGCGAAGUACUGGCUCGACUUAGAGCAUCGAUUGAUCGACGAAGGCUGGUACACAGGAGCCAGGAACAGCGGAUCCGCGAUCGAAUGUGCCCUGCAGGCCACACGUAAUCAUUCUCAGCCGUCAAUAUAA